ACAGGGAAUAACGGGAGCGGGGUCUGUUAGGAAAUUAAAUCACUGCGGAGGGAAACGAGGUCGAGCGGCAGGAAUCGAACCUUCAACCCGACGGAGGAGCAGCCGGUGGAGCGGUGAGAUGAGAGAGGAACCACAGCGAUGAAGAUGAAGAUGCUCUCCGCUCCCCUCUGGACCUCCUGAUUCGUCCGAUUAGCUUCCACAGCUCAUCUCCCUUCAUACACAAUCACAUCUAUCUCACUGGCUCCUUUUGGUUGAACACUAACCCUCGCUACCACUUCACAAACAGCCUCUCUGUAGAAACAUGGCCAACAUGUGUCCGUACGGCCGCUUCACCCACGCCGUGGUGAGGGGCAUCCCAGAGACCUUUGGGAAGGCCGCGGCAGACGCCCGGGAGAACGGCGAGGCCUCGGUGGACCUGGCCAAAGCCCAGCGUCAGUUCGGCUGCCUGACGGGAGCCCUGAGGCAGAAGGUGGGCCUGCAGCUCAUCGAGAUCCCCCCCGACCCGGACCUGCCGGAGAGCUGGAGGAUGGAGGAUGUGGCGGUGAUCCAGGGCGACACGGCGCUCAUCACCAGGCCCUUCAAGCAGCAGAGACGCAGCGAGGCGGAGGCGGUCAGGAGGAUCAUGUCGGAGCUGAACCUGACCGUGGUGGAGAUGGGGAGUGAGGAGGGCGACUCUGGAGGAGCCACGCUGGAGGGCAGCGACGUCCUCUUCACCGGGAGGGAGUUCUUCGUCGGCAUCUCGUCCCACACCAACCGCAGAGGAGCCGAGGUGCUGGCUGACACUUUCAAGGACUUUGCCGUGUCCACGGUCCCGGUCUGUGGUGGAGCCCGACUGAAGAACAUCUGCUCCAUGGGAGGACCAGACACCAUCAUCAUCAGCAACAGUGAAGGGGCCAAGAAGACACUCCGGAUGAUGGAACAGCUGACCGAUCACCACUAUGAAAUCCUGACGGUCCCAGAGGAAGUGGCCGCAAACUGCAUCUACAUCAAAGGUCCAUCGAAACGCGACUUCCUGCUGCACCGGCCUGCGGAGGAGUGUCCUGAGAGCGUCUCUGCCUUCCAGAAGCUGCAGGACUACACCCUCCUGCCUACAGCCUGCAGCGAGGCCUCCAAACUGGGAGCGUCUCUGUCGUCACUCUGCCUCCUCAUCAACAGAAAACACACAUAUUUCUGAAGGGUCCGCUCAGUUUAUUACACAGCAUUUAACCUGCACGUGUUCAUGUAGCAGUGGAGGCAUCACCCGCUUUCCCCUCAUCAAAAUCCUUGUCUAUUUAUUGUUAUAGGAAACACUGACAUGCAGAAUUUGUAUGAAGGAGAGUAUGAUCCAUCUGUUGCUGUGGUAAACAAGUUGAUUGUUGGCACAGCUGCCCCCUGUUGGACAAACAGUGCAGACCAUUAAGUCUUAAGACCACUCAUGAAACCACUGAAUUCAUCUGUAGUUUCUCACUGUUCAACUCGUCGCUUGUGAGCUGACGAGACUUUGCAGGAACUGACGGACAUGUUACAUAAAAAUGUUUAAAAUCUUCCAUUUCAGUUUGAGUUAACUAAACUUAAGAACCUUGUGGUACCAAAAUCUAACUCCAACCCAUUUAUAGCUUUUACAUUACAAUUAAAGUUUGGUAUUAAUUUCAUGAUAAAAUAGCUGCAAGUUCAUUUGCUUUAACUUUUCAAUGUAUUAAUUUGUAGAUGUCAAUAAAA